CUGGUUUUACCUAAUUAUUCCAGUAAAGUUUUAUCUCUCAGAUUAAGAUAAAGGUACCUAAUCAGAUUUAGAAAUGAUUCAGUUUGUUACCUCAUUAUUAUUGUGUUAAGAUAUUACAAAAAUUAUAAAUAGGUACUCUAUCAACUUAUCAAUUUAUAGGUUGUAGGAACUUACCUAUUUAAUACCUACCGAUAAGUUUCUAGAUGUGGAUCCCGCAAAAUUAUUGACCUAAUGCGCACUUUGUAAUUAUGUAAAUGGUGUUUAUUUAGGAGCGUGAACAAUACAUAAUAAAGUAUGGGGAGUUCGGUGGCCGAGUGGAUUGGAACCUUUGUCUCUUGCAAGUGGAGACACUGGCGGGAAAGCACUUCCUUAUGGGUAACGGUUCAGAAUCAGGACUCUUGGAAAAUAUCAUCAUAACGGAGAAUAAAAACGGCGAAUAUACGUUACAAAACCAUAGUGCAGAUCAAUGGACGUUGUUUGGUCGCCGUGGAAGUGAAGUGUUGAUGAUACGCGAUUGCUACGGAGAAACGGCGGCCGCAUUCGCGCGUGCCCCCUACUGGCCCUCUUCAACCGAACUGAGCGCAAUAUUCCACCGUAGUGGGAUUGCUGUACAAACACGUGGACGCCUACUUUGCGAGCCCCAUGAGGACUUUAGGAGGCAGCAGCGGUACGCAGCCAGCUACUCACACAAUACAAAGAGGAAUUACUGAGCAACGGCAACAAUAAACAAAUCGUUUUGCUUUUUAUAUUUAUAACGUUAAAUUAAAAUAAUAAAAAGAACCCGUUAUGUUUAAAAAAUA